AUGGACACCGCGGGCGCCGUGAACAUCACCUUACAUAGUGUGGCAGGCGGCCACGGUACGUGGGGCAGCCUGGGCGCCGGCGCCAGCGGCGGCCCCUACGUGGUGUCGGAGAGGCACAGCGUGCUCGUCGUCACGGGGUGCAACGUGCAGGCCACGCUGGUGGGCGACCUGGUCGGCAACGUCAUCACCGGCUGCUCCUCAUUCUGCUCCAUCUACGACACGUGGAGCAGCGCCGUCACGAAGUACGACGGCGAAGCGUGCUCCGGCAUCGGCUGCUGCGAGACUCCCAUCCCCAUCGGCUGGCCCUCCUACGGCGUUCGGUUCACGUGGCAGGACCCGAACCACGAGUCCGACAGCAAGCUGCCCGUCGCGGUGCGCGUCGCAGAGCGAGGAUGGCUCGACAGCGCAUCCACCAUGCUCCUCAACUACUCCUCCGGCGAUUCGUCGUGCCGGAUGCCGAUCCCCGUCGUUCUCGGGUUUGCGCUGGAUUCGAAGCCGGUGGUGCUUCAGGGAGUGGCGACGUCUGGCUGUCCUAAGGAUGUUUCUCGUAGCGCAUGCCGCAGCAGCCUCGGGUCCUGCCGCAACGUCACCGGCCACUAUCGCAGCGGAUACGUGUGCCACUGCCAUGACGGGUAUCAGGGCAACCCUUACAUUGUGGGUGGAUGCCAAGACAUCGACGGGUGCGCGCUGCCGGUCUCGUGCUACGGCGAGUGCACCAACACUGACGGAGGGUACCUCUGCCGGUGCCCGAGCGGCGCCCGUGGCGACCCCCGGAUCAAAGAUGGCUGCGUCAAAUCUUCCCUAGGUUUAAGCGUCGGCAUAGGAAUUAGCAGUGGCGCUGGCUUUCUACUCAUGGUACUUGCUACAAUUUUUGUGGCCCAGAAGCUGAAGCAUAGGAGGGCAAAAUUGUUGAGGCCGAAAUUCUUUAGGAAAAACAGGGGAUACCUUCUGCAGAAAUUGGUGUCACAAAAGGCGGACAUCUCGGAGAGGAUGAUCGCCCCCUUGAUGGAGAUGGAAAAGGCCACAAACAAUUUCGACAAAGCUCGCGAGAUUGGCGGAGGAGUGCACGGCAUCGUGUACAAAGGAAUCAUGUCAGACUUGCACGUGGUGGCGAUCAAGAAGUCCAAAGUCACAGUCCAGAGAGAGAUCGAUGAGUUCGUCAACGAGGUAGCCAUCCUCUCACAGAUCAACCAUCGAAACGUCGUGAAGCUCUUCGGGUGCUGCCUCGAGACGGAGGUACCGUUGCUGGUGUAUGAAUUCAUUUCAAAUGGGACUCUUCACCAUCAUCUUCACGUGGAACACACCGAAACAUUGUUGGCAUGGGUGGAUCGAUUGAGGAUAGCCACAGAGACCGCGAGAGCUCUUGCAUACCUUCACUCAGCCGUGUCAAUCCCUGUAGUCCACAGGGAUAUCAAAUCUCAGAACAUUCUAUUAGAUGGCACUCUCGUAGCAAAGGUGUCUGAUUUUGGAGCUUCAAGGUGCAUGCCAGUCGGUCAAACAGGGGAUGCAACUGUCAUCCAAGGGACAUUUGGGUACCUAUACCCCAUGUACUACUACUCGGGAAAGCUCACCGAGAAGAGUGACGUUUAUAGCUUUGGGGUUCUCCUCAUGGAGCUGCUAACCAGGGAGAAACCAUGCUCAUAUCGAUCGUUCGAGGAAAAAAGCCUAGCCAUAUAUUUCACCACUUUGCUCACAACAAGCAACCUAGUCUGUGUGUUAGAUCCUCAAGUUGUGGUGGAAGGGGGCAAGGAUGUUGAAGCGAUAGCUAUGUUGGCCGCGGCAUGUGUGAGGAUGGAAGGAGACCACCGGCCGACCAUGAGGAAAGUGGAGAUGACACUCGAGAGCCUUCAACUACACCAUGAAAAUGCCGUAAUAUGUGAUAUGGAUGCACCAAGCUAUGCAGUGGUGACUGAGGGUACAAGCAUGGAGAAGGUGAGCAGACAAUAUAGUUUGGAAGAAGAGUAUUUGUUGUCAUCAAGAUACCCUAGAUAG